CAAACUACAUAGGAGAUUUAAGAGUCUCAAUAUACAUGAUAUACAUGUAGGGCUGUACUGAGAAACAACAGAACGGAGAGAUUUUAAUUUUAAAAAUUUCUGAUAUGAGCCAUGUUCAAGUUCGUACAGUCGACUGUUGAAAUAGGUCUAUAGAUAUGCACUAGAAAUCAGAAAGGCGUCGACGAUCCCGGCUAAAAUCACCCAUCAUCAUCAUCAUCAUCACGGUGAUCAGGAAUAUAUUCGUUGUGGGGCUUUGAAAUAGAUAUAUUCUUAUUUUUUCCGAAUCGCUUUUUGUUGGUGCUCGAUUCAUAAUUAUUAUGGAGGUACAUGAGAUAAUUCCCGACGUCAUCGAUGUCAUUCCUGAGCAGGUGGCCGAGAUCGUCUGGUCUGAUGACGUUAAGGCAAACAUGGGCAACGAGCUAACUCCUACCCAGGUGAAAUUUCCGCCGACGAAAUUCUCCUGGCCAUACGAGUCUGAUGCUUUAUAUACCCUAGCGAUGAUUGACCCGGAUGCUCCAUGUAGAGAGGAUAGGUCAGUGGGAGAGGUCAUACAUUGGUUAGUUAUCAACAUACCCGGAUGUGAGGUCAGUCAAGGUCAAGUUCACGCGGAGCACAUUGGCUCAGGACCCCGAGAAGGAUCAGGUCUUCACCGGUACGUUUUUCUGGUCUACCGCCAGCCCGGUCUCAUGACCCCACCCUCGGGAGAGGAUGCUUACAGACCCCGCAACAGUGAGAGGAGAAUCAGGUGGAGUGCUAGACAUUUCGCUUUGCAACACAAUCUAGGGGACCCUGUUGCUGGUAACUUUUAUCUGGCCAAAUACGACGAUUAUGUGCCAACAUUUUACAAAGAACUGCAUGCGAACGAUCCCGAACACACUGAUUAAGUACCAGAAGUGGCGCCUUUCUCCCC